AUGUGCUUCUUGAGGCCAGAGAUCAAUAGUCAGCACUGCAGUCUUGUACCGUCUUUGUGUGUCUGUGUGUUUCUUUCUGUGUUCAUCCCCCGUUCUGUAAUCGGGCCGCAACACUUUGAGCUGUCCAAAUAUGGAACAGACUACCUCCAGAACUGCCUCAGUGACCCUGUCUUUCUGUUCCCGGGGCCGAGGGGAUCCAGCUCUAACACUCUGAAGACAAUUUCUGGCCCUGACGGGCAACCUUCGUUUGUCUUCCCCACCACGAGCCCGGACUGGGACCCAAAUGAGAAACGAGAUAAGGAGGCUCUCGGUCGGUACCGCCAGACUCUGCUAGAAGGCAUAGGAGCAGCAGCUAAAAAGCCAAUUAAUCUGUCCAAGGUAAGCGAAACCGUACAGGGACCUAACGAGUCCCCAGCGGUAUUCCUAGAAUGCCUUUUUGAAGCUUACCGCCUGUAUAUUCCCAUAGACCCAGAGGCACCAGAGAAUAGACGUGCCAUUAAUAUUGACUUUGCCACUCAGUCAGCCCCUGAUAUUAGGAAAAAGCUGCAGAGAUUAGAAAGAUUUAAGGAAAAAUUACUGUCUGAGUUAAUAGAAAUUGCCCAGAAGUUUUAUAACAACAGAGAGGAUCCUGAGACUGCCCAUUCUAAAAGGAUGGCCAAAAUUCUCAUAUCUGCUAUGGUAAAACAAGAAAAAUAUAAAACUGAAAAAGGCAAGAGGCCCAAAAGACCAGAGGGGAAUACUAGAAGGAGGAAGACCAGCCUAAGCCGUGACCAGUGUGCCUACUGCAAAGAACAUGGUCACUGGAAAAACGAAUGUCCUCACCGAAAGCAGGAGGUGGCUAAGCCCGUGAGUCCUCAUGGAGGACACAGACUGAGGGGGCCGGGGCUCCAUUCUGAUAAGCCCCCAGGGGCCCAAGGUAACUCUGAAUGUGGGGGGCAAAACUAUAGAGUUUCUGAUAGACACCGGAGCCACCAAGGGUCGAGCCACAUGUAAAAGGGCUACUGAGGACUUGCUAACAGGAUUAGCUCAGUUGGGCUACCGUGUUCCAGCUAAAAAAGCUCAGCUUUAUACCCAGACAGCAGCCUACCUAGGGUAGGAACUAAAGAGGGGCAAACAAACCCUCUCCACCAGUAGGAUUAAGCUGUGCUAAAGAUCCCACAGCCCCGAACUAAGAGAUAAGUUCGAGAGUUCCUGGGGACAGUGGGGUACUGCAGACUCUGGGUCCCCAAGUUUGCAGAGAUAACAAAAACUCCCAUAUGCUAGCAUAGGGGGAAAGAGGGACGCUCUGAUCUGGACUGGAAACGAGGCUAAAGCCUUCAAGAGCCUCAAACAGGCACCUGUGAGUGCCCCUGCACUGGCCUUGCCCAGUUUGACCAAGGCUUUCCAGUUAUAUGUUGCUGAAAACUGAGAGAUAGCUAAAGGGGUCCUAACGCAAAAACUAGGACCCUGGAGCAGACCGGUUGCACACCUGUCUAAAAGGCUGGACCCUGUAGCAUCUGGCUGGCCAGGCUGCUUGCAGGCCAUUGCUACAACAGCCGUGUUGGCAAAGGAAGCCUCCAAGCUCAUUUUGGGGCAGGACUUACAUAUAAUUCCCCCCCCCCCAAUCGGUGGAGGAUCUACUAAAAGGCCACCUGAAAGAUGACUUUCCAACUCGCGUAUAACCCAGUAUGAAGUGCUGUUGCUAGAUCCCCCCAGAAUCCGGUUCCUAAAGACAGCCUCCCUCAACCCUGCCACCCUGCUUCCGGAUGAUGAGCCGUCGGAGCCACUCCAUGACUGUCUCAAAAUGCUCGAGUCUCUUACCUACCUGAGAGCUGACCUCACUGACUGCCCGUGGCCGGACCCCGACGAAGAAUUAUACACAGAUGGGAACAGCUACGUCUCAGAAGGAGUCAGGUAUGCAGGGGCGGCUGUCGUAACUGCAGGCCGGGUUAUCUGGGCACAGAUUGUCGGACAUGGAAUGUCAGCCCAAAAGGCUAAACUCAUAGCCCUGACCCAGGCCCUAAGAUGGGGGAGAGCCUUUGCAAUGGCACAUGUACGUGGGACACUUUACCAAGAGCGAGGACUGACUCCCCAGUGACGAGAAACAAUACUUUCGGCGACAUGACAGGAAGAAAAGUCACACAAAAACCAGUGGGGCCUCUCCAAAUUCUCUCCAUUCUGCCAGAACGGCUCCUGCCAAACCCUCCAAACUAUACCAAAGAAAAAGUUAAAUUAAGAAAAACCCUGAAGACUAAAACCAAUUCAGGAGGUUGGAAAAUCCUCCCAGACAAUAGGGUCUUAAACCCUAAACACCCAUGAUGAGACCUAAUCAGACAAAUACAUGAGAACACCCACCUUGGCACCACCAAGUUAACCAAACUUCUCCAGAGGGACCACUACAUUCCUCAGCUACAUCAGAUGGCCCAGCAGGAACAACGAGAUGUCUCGCCUGUGCACAAGUCAAUUCAGGUAAAGGGACUAAUCCUCCCCCACCACCACCAGGUUAAGGGGACAAACCCUGGGGGAACAGUGGAAAGUGGACUUUACAAAAGUAAAACUAAGCAAAUACAGAUAUCGCUACUUGCUUGUAUUCAUUGACACCUUCUCUAGAUGGGUGAAAACUUUUCCUAUGAAGUCAGAGACAGCACAGGUAGUUGCAAAAACAGUUAGUGACUAAAAUUGUUCCCCAAUUUAGCCUCCCACUUGCACUGGGGUCUGACAAUGGCCCGGUGUUCAUUGCCUAAAGACUCAAUUGUUAACUAAGACAUUAAAGAUUAAUUAAAAAUUACACUGUGCUUAUAGACCUCAGAGUUCAGGACAGAUAAAAAGGAUAAAUAGAACUUAAAAAACAUUAAACAAAUUAAAGGUAGAGACUGGCGCAGACUGGCUAAGCCUCCUUCCCUUUGCCCUACUGAAAACCAGAUACACUCCGUAUGUUAAAAGCAUAACCCUAUGUAAAAUCAUGUUCAGCCGACUAACCCCACUCCCGAGAAAGCUCUAUUUCAGGUACAGCCUGGAGACCUCGUCUGGAUAAAAAAACUUCAGCCUGCCAGCUUAGAGGCCAGGUGGACUGGACCCCUGCCAGUGGUCCUCACCACGCCAACAGCCGUGAAUGUUGCCGAAAAGCACCAAUGGAUCCACCACACGCGGAUCAAAAUGUGACCCCAGAUCAACUCCCCGAAAAAUGGAUCACCUGGCCCACCGAGGACCCACUAAAGAUAAGACUUUCCAGAGACUCCUCUGGCUCCUCCUAGUUACCUGUUUUAAUCCAGCAGAUGACAAUUCCCACCAGCCUAUAAACUACACUUAGGUGAUUACAAAGACAAUAAAUGACACUGUUAUAUAUAGAAAAAAA